AUGCUGCUGCGAGCCCAAAUAUGGAGUCAGAUCCGGUCUCCAAUACCAUCAUUGGCAUGGAGAUUGUGUCGCUACUCAACAACCAGCAACAAGCCUUCCACUUCCAGAAUGCCCAAAAGUGCCAAAAAGGGACCCUCCAACUUUCUCAGAAGAUCUAUUCCAGGUCAAUCUGAAGCCUCCAAGAUCGCGUACUCCCAAAGAUUGAAGGACCACGAUAACACAUACAAAGGGAUUCCGCUGCAGCCGGUGGUAGCAGUGACGAACUGUGAAUCGUAUGAUUUGAAGAAGGCGGUGGAGGCUCUGGCAAGACAAGGAUUCCAGGCUGAAAAGUUGAUACCUAAAGAGGCUGUUCAGUUCGAAUAUGAAGGAAAAGAGGUGUUUGUAUUGAGCACUGGUUCGAUUGUAUCGUGGGGGCUAUCCGAGUCUACUACCAUAUCGGAAGCUUUGCCACUUGUGAAAGAGGCGAUGAUUGGACCUUACAAUGUGGAGAGUGAGGAUCUGGACUUUGUGGAGUUUGCCGAUACUCCAGAGCAUUCCACCUCGUUCAUGGAUGGAGAAAUAAUUUGUAUAUGUGGGAAUUUAUCUGAGAGUCUUUUGGAUAAAGCUGCCUUUUCGUUUGGUAUAGCCAGGUCCACAAGACUGGCCGUACUGGAGACCGCGCUCGAGAAACAUCUUUUGAUGACCAGACAGUAUACAGAGGAUCUUUCUACAGGUAAGCGACUCAGCGUUACUGCCAAAGACGUUUUGAAGUCGAGUGGAAGACUCAUGCUUUUGAGAGGUAAGCUAAAUCUUUACUCAGAGCUCAUAGAGACCCCGGAUCUGUACUGGUCAGAACCCAAGUUGGAGAAGAUAUACUCGGACGUUUCUAGAAUUUUAGAUAUCAGUGCGAGAAUAUCUAUUUUGAACAGAAAAUUGGAUUAUGCAAUCGAUGAGUCCACUGCAUUGACGGGAAUAUUGAACGAAGCCAACGGUGCACGGUUAGAGUGGAUCAUCAUCUAUCUGAUCACGUUCGAAGUGAUCAUUGAGAUAUACAGGUGGUUUUUGGAGAAGAAAGAGGCAACAGAAGCAACGUGA